UUUAUUUAAUAUAUAUAUAUAUAUAAACGAACCGACUGAAAAUUUGCUUAUUUCCGGCUCUUGAAAUCGGCCCCUGAUUCCUCCGCUCGUCAAAUCCUCCUCGCCGUGCCCGUGUAGGUAGCGAUUCCUUGCGUUGGCGCCUUGGCGGAUCAUCGCGGGCUCCUCUCCUCUCUCUCUCUCCGGCGGCAAAUCGUCGAAUCGCCCGCGCUUGGCCCCGGCCGCGCUGAAACCCGCCGCCAGCCUCCUCGUCUGAAGAAGAACGGCAGCCGUCGUCGGGCUCCGGUGGUUCCGCCGAAGAACGGCUGGUAGCCAGUCGCGCUCCCCCACGCCGGCGAGUCGAUUGGCAUUGUAUUUGCCUUUCCGUUUGUUGUUGAGUUCUCGAAGCAAAACGAUCUGAUGAGAUUCUUCAAGGGGAGCGAGGUGGAGGUAUUGCAGGAGGCAGAGGUGCCAUUUGGUUCGUGGAGGCCUGGUGAGAUCAUCUCCGGCAACGGACACACCUAUCUGGUGAGAUAUGAUGAAAGUCCCGUUGACUCUAGCGUGGCUGUUGAAAGGGUGCCAAGAAGGUUGAUGAGACCUCGCCCUCCUGCGGAUGAUUCUGUACGCUGGAGUUUGGGUAGUAUUCUUGAGGCCUUUGACAGCUACUCGUGGAAGGUUGCUGAGGUGGUGAGAGUGCUCGGAAAGAAUCAAUAUCUGGUCAGGCUCCUUGGGUCCUCGCUGGAGUUGAGUGCACAUUCAUCGGAUCUUCGAUUGAGGAAGCUUUGGCUAGAUGACAGAUGGGUUGUGACUCAGAAGUAUUCCGCAAGAUGCUUGAACGGUGGUGCAUUCGGAGGUCGAUCAAAAGACGGAAAUUUAGACUGCAACUUGAGAAAGGACAGGCAUAUUCAACUUGAGAACCAGAAUGCUUUUGAGGGUGAUACAUCUAGAGGCAUGAAGAGAAAAUCGUCUGCUAUAUCAACACAUCCUCAAUGCAGUGAAAUUACUAAGAGAUUGCGGACACCAAAUAGAGAUGGAAGGCACUCAAAGCUGGCUGAUAGAGGUUUUUUCCCUUUGGCUGAAAAGGUAGAUGCUGUCGAUUCCCCAUGCUUUAUGCUGGGCGGGAAAUACAUGCAUGCUAGUCAUAAAGGGCAUACUAGAACAACUGAAGAAUUUAGUGACACAGAGAGUAUCUCAUCUUCUGUUGGUAGUUCUAGUCCUAACAGUACCCCCCAUAGAUCACAGUAUUAUAAUUUGGUCUGCCAAAGUGGAGAUACCUGUAGUAGAACUGAUGAAGAUGAAGCUUCUACAUCUGAAAGAGAAACAUCAGAACAUAAUAAUGUUGGAUUGAGGGAAGAAACCCAUUUACUGGAAUUACAUGCUUAUCGUGCAACAAUGCUAGCCUUGUAUGCUUGUGGGUCAAUUAGCUGGGAGCAAGAGGCUUUGUUGACUAACCUAAGGGCCAAGACUGUGGUUCCAGAUUAGUACUGGUUGCUGGAUAAAAGGGUCAAAUUGGAUUGGUUUAUGAUCCAGAGACAAAAAGGUGAUCUGUUUGUUGUGUGAUUUUUCACAGAACAAGCAUAUUUCCUCUUUGGUAAGUGCUACUGGAACUCUUGGUUUUGUUUAAAUCCUUUUUUGAGGAGGAACUCUUGGUUUUAUUUAAAUCCUUUUUUUGAGGGGGGAGAUUUGAAUGAUAGUGACAAGGUAAACUAAAAUAUAUAUUGGUCACUGAUACACAUUUUUCCAUGUAAUAAAGCAACCAACAAUCUUAGCUGUAUUUUUGUAUUAUUAUAUGGAUUUAUGGUAAACAGCUCUCAAAAUAUCAGUAAGUUAAAUUGCAAUUGGUACCUACCUUCAGCACAAAAACAACAGUUGUUUAGGUAGGGAAUUAUAGGUCAAUUGAAUAGACUUUAAAGAUUCAUUGUGUUGAAGUUAAAAAAUAUUCAAGAUAUAUGUUAUCGACUGCAGAUUGCAUAGACUUCAUAGAUUCGUUGUGUUGAAGUUCAGAAAUAUUCAAGACAUAUAUGUUGCGGACUGCAGAUUGUUUUGACUAAAAAGUUAUAUGGGUAAAUAUGGAGUAGGGACUAGAACUGGGGCCGUUUGGUACCUUUGCUGGCUACUGUGUAGCCUCGCCAAGCAAGGAUUCGGAGCACACAGCUUAAUUGGUUGUCCGGCAAGGACAUAUUGAUUAUGCACUGUUAAGAUUUUCCUUGCUACUGUGAGUGAGCCAAUUUGGCUUGCCUGAACGGGCAAGAUCCUCGUGGCUUGUGUGAGCUAAGCAAGGGGAGAUGGAUGAGCAACCAAGCAGCCAGCCCCUUAAUACCUCAACCAGCUAUCUUGUGCUUAUGGGUGUUCACCUAAGAGUCUUGCAUCAAGACAAGGGUGCUGUUCCAUGAAGGCCUAUCAUCAUACAACAUACAUUUUAAGUCUUUGUUAGAUAAUGGAAUAAUAAUAUCCCAGAUGUUCUUGAAAUAUAUUUGAAGAUCUUUGUAAGUGACCACAUCCACAAUGACUGUGUUCCACGUUUUGCUUUUACAUGUUUGAACACUUGGGCCUUUUAAGAACUGUUUACUGCUUAUUUGCUUUUUUUUUUAAAAAAAAUACUGUUUGGUGUUCACUGUCAUACCUAUGCUUAAAUAGAGUACUCCAUGCAUAGAUUGAAUCUUAUGCAACUGGGGAAAAUGCUUUACAGUGCGCAAGUUAAUACGUGUAAUUAGAAAUUGGUCCAGAUUCUCAUGUGCUAAAUCGUUGCUUUCCAUUAUCUCCCCAUUGCAGACAGAUAUUCAGCCUGGGAUAUGUAAUUUAAUUUGUUUGUUUAUAAGAUUUUAAUAAUCACAUGGUUAUUACAAAGGACAAUCAUGAACAAUUUUUGGCUUUAUGAGCUUUCAGUGUGCAAUCAGCGCAAGUUCAUUUUGGCUCCUGGGUAGGUUGAUGUACACUGCAAUUCUAUAAUCGGAAGUUAUUAUUAGGUUAAAAGAAACGAUUGAGGUGAAAUGGUGUGAAACGAUUUAGUGCAUGCCCUCCCCUGUCUGAUGUUUUCUUUUUGGAGAAAUCGUUUCAUUUUCAAUGCAGUAUGUUACCUGGUAUGCUGGCAUAUGUGGAAGUAGGGAAGGCUCUUUUACUAGGAAUUUUGUAAUAAAAGCAUACAAAUGUGACCUAGUUCAGGACUUGCAGCCGAUUUCCAUGUACAGACAAAAUGUUGGGAUUACAUGGUCUGGCCUUGCAUCAAGGAAAACUUGCAGGUAUGUCUGUACAGUAAUUUGCUAGUCGUCAUGAUGCAUACCUUUUUAUCUGUUCUAGUAGUGUUUUGUAAUCCAGAUAUUGUAGCUGGUGUUCUUCAUGAAAUAUGAUAUGCGCCAGUCAGAUCAGCAAGACUAUAUGAGACUUAUUUUGCUAGACAACUAUUUGGCCACCUUACUUUUGUUCUAAAGCCAGCUGCCCUUCAAUUUUUUUACUUGGUGUACCAUGUCACUUAAGUUUGAUUGUUGUGCAGUUGAAGGAACAUGAUUGAAAUACAAUGGAUAGACAUACAAUCACAUAUUUUCAGAAGUGGCUAGGACCUUGUGGUUCUGAUGAGCAAGCGAGAAGCUUAUUUUAUAGUCAAGUACAAUUGAAAAAUUUCUCCAUGGUGUAGGACGAUGUACCUUCGAUCUCUUUACUUCCCAUUGAACUUAAUGCUGUUCGUGUGUUUGGAAAUUCAUGUACCUUGUUAUUUUUCUAAUAACAAUGUACCUUGUUAUUGGUCUUAGAAAUUCUGCUCGUUGUUUAUUUGGCUGAUAAGUCAUGACAGAAAGUACUCUUGGCUGAUAAGUUAUGACAGAAAGUACUGUUGGCUGAUUUGUUAUGAGAGAAAAACACCGCUGAAUGACUUGCAGAUUCGGCUGUUAAGCUCAAGCAAACAGUUUUGCGCCUGUGACAGAGAACAUUUCCCAUAAUGUAAAGUAGUGACAGCGAGAUUGCCGUCAGAUCUGUGUCUUUGUAAUAGUGAAUCAUUGAGAUUUCAGUAUAUACCAGUUUUUGAA